AACCCCUACUUAUAGUUUUUUUUUUUUUUUUUUUUGAAGAACCCCUACUUAUAGUUGAUAUCACGACGCAGCUCUUGGAAAAGAUCAGUAAUGGUCAGCAUCGACCCACUUUGUGCCCUCGUUCACUGUUCGGGUACGGAGAUCGGAGAGUAGCAAUUCCUUUCCAAUCAUUGGCCGUAUAAUCAACUACUUCACUCACUACAGGGAGAGAGAUGAAUUAUGAAUUAGCAGCACUAAAGGUUUUUUGCGAGCAUCUAAAGAAGGCACAUGAGAUCUCAUCACCUUCACAGAAAACAAUGAGUAUAGGUGGCAUUCUCUUCCAACGUGCUUGGUUACAGGGUGUUCUCGUCUCUGUCUCUAACAAUGGCGAUCACUUGCUCCUCGAUGAUGGCACUGGCCUUAUCCAACUCUCUCCCCUUGCAGACUCUCGUGUUCAACCUUGGAAAAUUGGAAUGUAUGUAAUGGUGGUUGGUGGCUACGUUGUAUGUCCAGAUGACUAUCCAAUGAUCAAGAAACCAUAUCAACAUCUACCCAAUGGACAAUAAUACAAUGAGAAUUAUCAUCAAUGGAUAACAACAAUUUAUCAUCAUGAAUAUCAAGUUUUUCUUAUAUAUGGGCCACUUGAUUCUCCUCACGAGGAACAAAGAGGCAAGAGCCAACAUUGCAUCUAGACAGAAAAUGUUGGAUAUCACCAACAAUAAGAUAAUCCACAUUCCACAGAAAUGCCACUGUUAUGCUCUUCCGAUAACACCAUUUUAGAGCCUCCACGCAAGCAAUCAACUCUGCUGUAUAAGGAGUUUGGGAAGUGCACUAACUAAAUUACAGAGAUCGAAUCAUCCUGCCAUGCUGAUGAUUACGUAUUGUAGCACCUAUCACAAUGAGCCCACGUCCAACACAAGCAAUCGCUUCAACAUUUAGUUUAAAGGAUCCAACAUCAUGUAGCUUCCAUAUUUGAACCCCACGUUGAUCACUUUGACUGGGACCCAUAUCUUGAUUAUUAGCCGAAGCAGCCACUUUGAGAGGAUGAACCACUGAUCUAUUUGGGUCCUUGAAAAGGCAUUUAUCAAGAGACCAAAAAGAGCUCUCCUGAUACUCAUAGCAAAGCUCCAGGUGAGUCACGAACACUAGUAGGAUCAUGUGUAGCUUCCCGUUGCUUGUAUUUAUUUUGUUCAAAUUACAGAUCGAUACGUACACAACAACAACAUCGAUAUUAGACGGCUCACUUAACAUUCUUAAUAAAGCAUCUUCAAAGUGCAACUAUAUGGUCCAAUUUGUAAUAUUUCAACAAUUCGUAGCAAAAGAACAAGAAAAAAGUGCAUGAGAAAGAGACUCCACCUUAUCACCUCAUCGAAAGCACCUUGCUAAAAUUUUGAUGCUUCUCUGCAGUUGGACUAAUCCCACAUAAAGCUUGCCAAACAAACAACUUAACUUUGGAGGGGAUCCUUAAUCGCUACAACUUCUUCGACCAUUCCAAGAAAUUCAUCAUUAAGAUCUUCCACUAGCUCUAUAACCAGAUCCAAUGGAGUAGCUUCCUGAUAAACAACUCUUCAAUAAAUUGCAACAAAACAGUAGAAAUAAGAAGAAUGUGGAAGAAUAAUCGGUGGUAUUUAGCCAAGAAUUCAAGAGCUUGGUUCUCCCUCAAAGGAUUACAAUGCACUAUUUUUUCCGCACCCCAAAAAUACUCUACUAUUCUAUUUAUUCUUACAGUAGGCGUCACCACUGUAGCUGCACCCUAGGUACAGAAACACCCAACCCAAAUAACUAACCCUUUGCUGCAACUUUUCUCUUGCUGAGUCAGCUGCUGACUUUGGCUAUCUUGUUGCUUCUCCUUGUGUAUACAUACAUGAGGGGAGGCUUAUCAGUACCUCCCGCCCAAAGUCUCACCUUGUCCUCAAGGUGAAAUGAGGAAAUUGCGCUUGAAUGGUGCUGAAAUCCUUCCUAGUGGCCAAAAGGGCAGGUAAUUUAACUCCUUAAAUCAAGGCUUGAGGCUGAAUUUUUUGAGUGCUAGGGUGAGGAUCCAAGACUCUGGUUUUAAGGUCCAUUCGAGCUUGGCUAUCAUACCAGGAGGCAGAAUCGAUGCUUGUUGAUAGGCUCCCAAAGCUGCUCGCAGCAUUGAGACAUGGAGCACCGGAUGAAUCCGCGAGUUAGGUGGAAAUUGGAGGCGAUUGGUAGCCGCUCCCACACGAGCUAUGACAGGGAAAGGGCAGAAGAAAAAUAGAGUUGUACUCAGUCAUAGUUUGUUAUCCUAUACUUACGAUUAGUUGUUAGUUAGAUCUUAUUUUCAAGACUUUUUUAUUUCUGACUUGUUAUCCUUUGUACUUUAUAAAUGCCAUUUGGCUAUUCAAGGAAUAAUAAGAAUUAUUAUUCUCUAAAA